CGGCAAUUAGUUACAAAACAUGGCGGCUUUUAUGAGGAGAGUGUCUGUCUGCAGCAGAAAUGGUAAAAGUCUGUGGUCUUACCUUCGUCAUAGGCAUUAUUGUACUAAAACAGCACCAAAGAUAACAACACAUUACACACUUAAUCCCAGAGACAAGGACCCAAGAUGGGCAGAGGUGGACAUGGAGCGUUAUGGGGACGAGACAGAUGUACUCAUUGUGGGAGGAGGACCUGCUGGUCUGUCUGCCGCCUGUCGACUCAAACAGAUGGCCAAUGAUCAGGGCAAGGAGCUGCGAGUCUGUCUCGUGGAGAAGGCAGCUGAAAUAGGUGGACACACAUUAUCCGGUGCGUGUAUUGAACCUAGAGCACUGGCAGAACUUUUUCCUGACUGGAAGGAGCGAGGGGCUCCUCUUCAUACUGAAGUUAAGGAAGACAGAUUUUCAUUUCUAACCAAAACAGGAAGAAUACCUAUUCCCAUUUUACCUUUUUUCCCAAUGCACAACCAUGGUAACUACAUUGUACGACUAGGAAAUGUAGUACGGUGGCUUGGAGAGCAGGCCGAGGCCCUAGGAGUGGAGCUGUACCCCGGGUAUGCUGCCAGUGAGAUUUUAUAUCACGAAGAUGGUAGUGUUAAAGGCAUUGCAACAAAUGACGUGGGAAUAUACAAGGACGGAUCCCCGAAGGAUACAUUUGAGAGAGGGAUGGAACUUCAUGCCAAGGUUACCAUAUUUGGGGAAGGUUGUCAUGGCCAUCUGGCCAAACAGUUGUACAAGACGUUUGACCUCAGGAAGGAUUGCGAGCCCCAGACGUACGGUAUAGGACUGAAGGAAUUGUGGGAGAUUGAGCCCUCAAAGCAUGUCCCUGGACGUGUGGAACACACCGUUGGCUGGCCAUUUGACAAGAACACAUAUGGUGGAACAUUCCUGUAUCACCUAGAUGAGGGUCCAAUGGUUGUCUUAGGCAUGGUGGUUGGUCUUGACUACAAAAACCCCUACCUCAACCCAUUCAGAGAGUUCCAGCGAUUCAAACACCACCCUAGUGUGGAACCAUUGUUCAAAGGAGGUAACCGUGUAGCAUACGGUGCUCGGGCUCUCAAUGAAGGAGGAUUGCAGAGUAUUCCAAAGCUGACUUUCCCUGGUGGUUGUGUAAUAGGCUGUAGUCCAGGGUUUAUGAAUGUGCCCAAAAUCAAGGGAACACACAAUGCUAUGAAGAGUGGCUUGGUAGCUGCUGAGUCUGUGUUUGAUACACUGUUCAAUGAAGAUUUGAUGUCAAAUUCUCCCACAACAAGUCCUGAACCAAGCGUGUAUGAAGAGAGGCUCCGGAAAAGCUGGGUUUGGGAUGAAAUGAAAGCUGUUAGAAAUGUGCGGCCAUCUUUCCAUACAUCUUUGGGUUUGUAUGCAGGCUUAGCAUACACAGGAAUCUUCUACUGUUUCCUCAGGGGGAAAGAGCCAUGGACCCUUAAACAUGGAGGUGCUGACAAUACCAAGCUGAAGCCUGCUGCUGAAUGUACCCCUAUAGAGUACCCUAAGCCAGAUGGGGAGAUCAGUUUUGACCUGUUGUCCUCGGUCGCACUGACCGGUACAAAUCAUGACCAUGACCAGCCCGCCCAUCUUACACUGAUGGAUGACUCUGUGCCAGUAAACCACAACCUCGCCAUUUACGACGGUCCUGAACAAAGGUUCUGUCCCGCUGGUGUAUAUGAAUAUGUUGAGACAGAAGACGGAAAAGGCAAGAGACUUCAGAUCAAUGCACAGAAUUGUAUACAUUGUAAAACGUGUGAUAUCAAGGACCCGAGUCAGAACAUUAACUGGGUGUGUCCCCAGGGGGGAGAGGGACCGGCGUACAAUGGCAUGUAGCAUGUUGAAAUAUGCAGUGCAGAGUUCAGGGAAACGACCGCAUUCAAUGUUGAGUGUAUAUUAAACUUGUGAAAUAUUCAGGGUGGAAAAAAAAUGACAAGACAUUUAGUGAAAAGAAAAUUGAAUGAAAUGUAUGUGGUGAGAGAAUGUAUUAGAAGAAAGUAAGUAAUUAUUUUUGUGUAUAUAAGGUUCAUGUUACAGUACAUCUGUUUAUUUAUAUGGUUGAUAAUGUAGAUGCUGCUGUUUAAUUGUAGGGCUAUUCCAGUAAAAACAUCCACCUAACCCUAAGACUCAAAUAAUUUGUUUAUCCAAGGUUGAACUUCCUGCUUAAUAUGCGAUCUUACUGUUAUGCAAAUUAUUGAUUUAAAUAAAUGGGUGUUACCCCUGAACAGAAUCUGGAGUCCUGGUGUUAGAUAUAUGUUAACUGGAAUAGCCCUCACAGAAUAUAAGACAUUUUUGUGUGGACUAUCAAUGCAAUACCAAGGACUACUGUAUACACCAUUAGUUUCUUUUAGUGUCACAUUUUUAUUUCUUUAGGACACAAACCAUACCUGUACCUGUAUCUGGAAACAACAUAUAUUUGCAGAUUGUUGAAUUUCUUGUUGCCAGAUUUUUCAAGUUUCUUUGUACUCUGGAUGCUUUAUCAGAGAAUUUCAAUGUAUUUUUGAAUUGAUGGACGCUUCUUCACGCAAAAAAUGAAAAUUUCACGCAACACUGCUGGGAAUAUACCUAAGUAACUCUGUAUACAGUUGUAAUUUCUGAUAAUUUAUAUGUGAUUGUGAGAAACGAUAAAUCUGUAUUAGCUGUUCCCCGAGUGAUAGAUGUGAUGGUUGUGUAUUCUGAUAUCACCAAGAUUAUUUGUAGACGUAUAUAGGCAUGAAAUAACACUAUAUAUCUAUCUCAUAAUGUCUGUGAUAAAGAUGCAUACAAGUUUUUACAGAUUCAGACAUUACACAUGAUAAUUUUGUGAGAUUCAGAUCUGACAGAUAUUUUACAUAAUUAUAUAUAUCAAAUAGAACAGUUGUUCAUUUUGUUUUAACAAAGCCUUACGUUUUGUUUGUUUGUGAUAAUGAUUAUUGAGCUUUGUUUUUUGAGGUAGCUACAUGUAAUUUGUAACUAGUAUUUUGUAUCUUGCCAUUGUGCAAUCACAGGCCUCUCUACAGCAGGAUCUUGGGAAAAUACAAACAUGGUUCUGUAUACUGAAGAUGAAAAGACGAAACACAAUUUAUACGCUUAAUAGCAUAUAAUUAUAACCUUUUAAUACACCAGCAAGAAAUACAUAUUAUGGAUAUUAUUCAAACUAAAGAUCAAGAAUCUGAUAGUUGAGUUGCUUUUAAGCGCCCACUAAUUGGGAAGUAUCCAUUCCAUAGUAUACAUAUUUUAAUCUAGACAUGUGUUUUCGUGAACAGGAAGCAACUUUUCAAAGGAAAAAUGUCAUACAAUAUAAUUAAUUAAAUCAUUCCAAGAUUUUGACCGGUAAAGUUAUUUUGGGCUUGGAGCCUUAGCAGCCAUUUUUGAACAAAGAAGUUUGAUCAUACUUUUGUUGCCCAAACCAUGACAACAUUUUAUCUAAUAGAACUGAAAAAUAAUUUUAUUAAGUCACAAGCUGAAAGCUUCUAAGGAUGUAUUGUGAUCUUCAUUAAUAAUUCACAUUUUCCACCUCAAGAACCAAAGGUCCAACGCUUUUGAUGCAAGCUGUCAGAAAGCUUCUAAGGACGUAUUGUGAUCUUCAUUAAUAAUUAACAUUUUCCACCUCAAGAACCAAAGGCCCAACGGUUUUGAUACGAGCUGUCAGAAAGCUUCUAAGGACGUAUUAUGAUCUUCAGUAACAAUUAACAUUUUCCACCUCAAGAACCAAAGGCCUAAGGGAUUUGAUAUUUGGCCGGUAAAUAAGCCAAUUUCGAGAGAUGUGAACAAUGUUCAAAUAAAAAUAGCAUGUGCUUAAAAUAAAUGUGGAAUUUUUGAGAACAUGUCAAAUUCUUCAUUUUUUUUUUAUUUUCUUUUACUUACCGGUACCCAAACUAGAGCUGAUCUGAUCACCUGAAUAUCAAAAAUAGUAUUACAGGUCAAAAAGCAGCUUUGAUAUUUUUUUAACUGGACCAAAAGAUUCUUCUUCUCUUAGAUGAAACUUUUGUUUAGACAACAUUGGUAAUAGGAGAGUGUACCAUCUUAUUCAAAGGUCAAAGUAAUUAACAUAUAGAAGAUACCUGAACGUGUAGGGUUGGAAAUCUGAUGUUAAAGUUAGGUGUUAUAUCUCAAUAAAAUAAACUGUUGAUUUAUUAUUGUAAUGUUACAUUUAGUUCCAAUCUCAAUAAAAGAGAAAAUAACUGCUAUGUUCCUAACAUUCAAGGUAUUAAGGACAUGUAUAUAUUCACAGAACUGUGUGGAGUAUACGUUUAUUUGUUCUGCUUGUGAUUUGUCCAGAUUUGGAAUACCGCUUUAACCUGGUAUAUUGCCUAAUCACGUGAAUACUACAUCACAACAAUAGUAAUAUGUAUACCAAAGUAAGACCGUUUUAUGCUCCUCUCAGGCAGUUUAAGUGUGCAUGGAUACAAGGUCACGACCUCAUUCCUCACUUGUUGAGUGGGUAAAUAGUCAUCAGUCUGCCAGCGUGUCUACCGAUAGUGAAAAGUUUGUGUUCAAGAAAUGUCAUGACCCUUUAACAGAUUAAGUUAACAUAGAGAGUAAGCAUCUGGUCCUAGUUUGAUGGUCAUUGGUCCAAGUUAUAGAGGUAAAAGUCACACCUUUCAAGCUUGUGUACAUGAUAUCUCCUGAAGCCUUUAAAUAAUCAUAUGUAAAAAUCAAUGAUUGAGUUCUACAUUUUGUUUGUCAUAGAGGUCAGGGUGUCUAGUUAAGGUCACAUACCGGUAUUUGAAGGAAAGUCAUAGAUGCCAUGAAGUCAACAGUUUUGGCAUUAAGCAUCUUUCUUCUAUGAACACAAGAGUACUUUGUACUUUUCUAGCUUGAUACAGAUAGCUUACUGGUCCAUUGACCUGAACUGCAAAUAGUUUUAUAGCAUACACAUAAUCUAGUAUAAAUGUUCCAUUCACAUAAUGAGAAGGUACUGGUAACAUGUAGCAGAAUUGUUUGUGAGCUGGAACAAACAAUGUCUGCUGGGUGUGCUCAAGGGAACAGAUAUUAUUUGUAACAGUAAAUUACCUACAUUGUACAUUGCCUACGAUUUACUGUAAAACUGGUUAUUUUUUUCUCAUAGUAACUUGAUGGAAGAAUUUGUAUACAAAAUAUGAUAUAUAUUGCAUCAGCAACUUUGAUACAAAACUUAAGUUGCUAUGGGAUGUCGAAUCACUGACUUAUAAUACAAGGAAAACACUCAAACAAAAUAUAAGAAUCACUUUUACUGAAUCAAUGACAGAAAAAUACAUGUUCAUCUUAAAAUUUCCAUACAAGAUUGUAUUUAUUAACUGAUUAUUUACAACGAAUCUGACUAAGUUAUAUAAAGACAAACUUGUGGAACCAUCAAUACAGCUUGAUAAAAAGAUGUAGACAAUGCCCCAACAGACAAGGACAAUUUUAUUUACUGUAGUACUUUUUUUGUACAGUUUUACGGGUAUCUAUACUGCAAUAAGUCCAUGUCUGGUAACAAACUCACAUAUUUUUACAUUGAAGUUCAGUAGAAAUGCCAACAAAUGCUAUUUCAUUGUUCUGUAGUAAACCACACCCGGCUUAAGUCAGAGAUAAUGUGUUAGCCUCCCUGGGCUUAUUGCAGGAUAAAUAUGGUAGUAACAUAACUUGUUGCACACUCCUCUCCUAAACAACACACAUCCUACACACGUCACAGACUCUGCUAAAAAAAGAAUGCUUGUAUGUAACUGUACUACACCAAAUAUUACCUUCAUCACAUCUCCGAACCUUAACCUAAAAGGCAGAACAUUUAUCACGGUAUACACAAUUACUAGGAAUAGUAACCGUCUUCAGUCAUACUGUACUUGCAUUUUUGUUAUUUAAAAAAAAAAAAA